AUGGGAGACUACAUACGGAGGGUCCAGAAUAUAGAGAGGCUGCAGAUUGCUGCUCGCCCACGAAUUCCAAGGAUUCGUCACACUAUUUAUGUGGAUCCAGAUGUACGAAGGAAUGAUGAACAAUUCCGAAAACGUUACCGUUUUGCCAGGGAAGGAUUCAGGCAAAUUCUCGAUAUGUUUCGCGACAAUUUACCCGAGCCAAUUGACAAUCGUGGAAACCCAAUCCCACCGGAAAUUCAGGUGAAAGCAGCGCUGCGAUUUUAUGCCACAGGAAAUUUUCAAAUUGUUGCUGGGGAUUUGACCGAUAUUUCCCAACCUUCACUUUCAAUAAUUGUUGUGAAAGUUUCAAACGCCAUCGCAAGGAAAGGACAACAGUUCAUUAGGAUUUCAGAACAGGAGGCUGCAAGAGCCAUGCAGCGCAAAUUCAAAGAUAUUGCUGGAUUUCCGUACGAAAUCAGCUGUGUAGAUGGUGUCCACGUACAAAUUCAACCCCCGCCUGUGGAGAAUAAGGAAAUAUAUCGUUGCAGAAAGAGCUUCAUGUCAUUAAACGUGCAAGGCAUUUGUGAUGCCGACCUCCGUUUCAUAAAUGUUGUUGCCAGAUGGCCAGGUUCCACCCACGACUCGCGCGUCUUCGACAACAGCUUGAUUUUCAACAGAUUUGAAAAUAACGAACUAUCAGGUUUACUGCUCGGUGAUUAG